CGCUCGUUCACGCUCGUUCUGUUCCGAGUCGGCCGCUCAACCUUCCAGAACCCCCGCGUCAGAAAACCCCAUCCCCAUGCCCGCCGGCCGCUCGCCGGCGCUCUCGGGCCGGCGCCGGAGCCGCAAGAAAGGCCAGCCGACACCCUCCCCGCCUCCCCCCGCCCAGGAGCCGAACCCGCUGCCGCCCGGCACCGAGGUCGAGGUCCGCAUCGACGACGAGGGCUUCUACGGCUCCUGGUACGAGGCCACCGUCGUCGGCUUCGACCCCGCCGCCGGCCGCGGGUCCCCGGCGAAGUACACCGUCACCUACUCACACCUCGAAGCCCAAGACGGGCCCGACUCCGUCGCCCCCUCGCACGUCCGCCCGCGGCCCCCGCCUCCACCGGGCCCGGGAUCACCGCCAUCGACCCCGUCGCCGCCGCGCUUCCUCCUACAUGACUUCGUCGAGGCCUUCGACUGCGAAGGCUGGUGGUCGGGCAUCGUCUUCGCGCCCGCGCCCGCAGACCCCGGCUCCCCCGUCACCGUCGCGUUCCCCAUCACCCGCGAGGUCCUCCUUUUCCCCGCACACCUCGUCCGCCCCCGCCGCGACUACGUCGGCGGCGAGUGGGCCCCGUCGCGGGCCGUGAUCUCCGUCCAGCCGAGGCGCGCCGUCAGGGUCUACAAGGCUGGGGAGAAGGUCGAAUUGCUGAGGGAACGGGAGGCGUACGGCGACUCCUGGUUCCCCGCAACGGUGGCCAAGGCGGUCGACAGGCUGAGCUACAUUGUGGAGUACCUGGAUGAUCAGGUGGGCGGGGGGAAGGCGGCGGUGUACCGGCAUUCGGCGUACAUCAGGCCGGCCAAGUACCAUCGCCCGCGGGAGAGCAAGGUGGUUCUUUGUCCUGGCACCGCGGUGGAGGUGUACUGCGACGGGGCAUGGUCGCAGGGAGUGGUGCGCAGGGUUGUCAGGGAGGGUUGUGAGUAUGAGGUCAGUAUCGAUGGUGAGGAGGCGGAGCAGCUGCUAACCAAGGCGGUGUACCAGCUGAGGCCACUGUACAUGUGGAACGGCAAGCAUUGGACGAAUCCGGGUGAUAAGGGACAGGCUAACUUGAGGCAGCAAUCUGCAUCUGGGAAACGUCCAAGCUCACCUGUUGAUGGCACAUCUAGUGAUGACAAACAUAGUAGUGUUCCUGAAUCUCCAACAGUCAAAAAGUCAAGGAAAGAACCACAGCAGCAAGACCUCUUAUUAGAUGAAGGCUCAGAACAUGCUCCAGUAUCUGAGAUGGAUGCUUCUCUUUGUGCAUCGUGCAAGUCUCUGGCAAGUGAUCGUUGUCCGAAUUCAUGCCUUCUGUUAUCUGAAAAGAAUGGUCUUUCCGUGUUUCCACACAAGGCAAUGACUACCUGUUCAGUGUCAAAGAAUGGAAUUCUUUGUGCUUCCUCAGGACAUUCAGAGCCUCCAGAGGCAAGUAAUCAUUCCCCAAGUCCGUGUCCUCUGCUGUCCGAAAAGAAUGGUCUUUCUGUGCUUCCGCACGAGAUAGUGAGUACCUGUUCAGUGUCAAAGGAUGGGCUUCUUUGUGCUUCCUCAGGACAUUCAGCGCCUCCAGAAGCAAGCGAUCAUUUCCCAAAUUUGUGCCCUCCGCUAUCUGGAAAGAACGGUCUUUCCGUACUUCCACACAAGAUAGUUAGUACCAGUUCAGUGUCAAAGAAUGGGCUUCAUUGUGCUUCGACAGGACACACAGCACCUCCAGUGGCAAGCAAUCAUCCUAUGGAUUCGUGUCCUCUGCUGUCUGAAAAGAACCGUCUUUCCAUGCUUGCACACAAGAUAGUGAGUAUCUGUUCAAUGUCAAAGAAUGGGCUUCUUUGUGCUUCCUCAGGAAAUCCAGCACCUCCAGAGGAAUCUGUACCAGGUCUUAUUGGCGAAAUAGAGUGUAGUCGAGAUGCCAUAUCUGAGGUUGUGCCUUCCAAUGGUCAGCUUAAUACACCUGUCUGUGAAAGAAAUGUUGAUGUGGCCUGUGAUAUGCUUUCCAUUCCAGAAGUAAGAAAACAGAACAUCGCUUCAUCUCUCAGAGACCAGCUGAUACAGGAAAGAACAUUCUUUGUCAAAGAACUCAGUGUGAAGAAAGGCAUUUCCAAGAACAAAAAGGGGGCAACACACCCUAAAGCACAAGCACAUCAGGGGAAAAUUGAUGCCUCUGAUCAUGUGCAAAUUCAGUUAAAGGAAAACAAGAAUUCCUCCGGUAAAGAAAUUAUUUGUGCUUUGAGUGCCUCUGCAGAAUGUCAGAAAACUUCAGCUUGGACUCGACAGGUGUCAGGAGGGACAAGUAGCGGUUCAGAUACUGAGGGUGUUAACUUUAAGAAAUUGGCUAGAAAGGAAGGUUCUGGUCUGUUGGACAAAGAGCUGUCUGCUACGAUCAACAGGGAUUGUCAAGUGAACAGAAAUGCAGAUGUGUGCACAGACACUGCUGCUACACAAGUGACAAAAAGCAACCCUCUUACAGAGAUACCUAUCCUAUCUCUUGAUCAUCUAGUUCAACAGGAUGGGAGCAAAGUGGAUGAGAGGUCAAUCGUGCUACCUUUACAGAAUGCCAGGAACUCAGAGUUUACCACUGACCACAUCCUAUUGAGGACAUGCUCCUUUUCUGGGAGCUCUAUGCCUUCACACUUGUCUUCCUCUCCAAUCUCUGGUAAUCAGGUUCCAUUUGUCAAGAGCUCUCCUUUAUGGCCUCUAAUUGAUGCGUGGGAUGUGUUUAAGAAGGUACCGCAGCAACCACAUUUCCGUCCAGUUACAAAAUUUUUGCCUGCAUUGCGUGAAGGAAUGGCUUUAGGUCUGAUGGCGACAUUUGCCAGCUCAGUGGAAGGUAUAAGUAAAUCAAGCAUAGCAGACAGCAUUGCGUCAUUCGAAGAGAAGAUCACUACGCUUCGCCAUCUGGAGGAAAAUGGAUUUGAUGUUGAGUUUUUGCGGUGUGGCCUGGUCAAACUGAUCCAAAUCAAAUCUGAUCAUACUAGUUACCUCACAGAAAAAGACCAACUGAAAGCACAGUUGCUGGAGAAGGCAGCUUGCCUGUCCCGAUUUGAUGAGCGACUUGACAAGAAGGAACAAACUAUAGCUAGGCUUGAGGAGGAACUUGGGCGUGCUCGCUGGGAAGCGCGGAAGAUGUUCGAGGAGAAAGAGCGUGAAGAUGGAGAGCUCUCAAGACUGAAUGCAGCUGACAGCAGCGUUGAGGAAGCAUGUGCCGGUGCUGAACUGCAGUUUCAGAGUGUCUUGGCUGAGCUGCGUCGCAAGAGCUUAACUUGAUAAAUGACCGAUGGAUCAUUUUGGUGAUGUGUCUAGCUUGGCGUCUUGUUAACUAAUGCUCCAGGGCAAUACUAGAAAUAAUGCUCCAGGGCCUCGGUUACAGGAUUUGACAGUGUGGUUGUGAGGUCCUGCAAUGACUGAAUCUGUUAGACUUUCUCUUCCACUGUUUGUUCUUUUGUGGUCUGAAACUUUAACAUGAACUUUAGCCAAACAUCGUGUGGUCCUGUUGCCUCUACCUGAUUGAACCGGGUUUUGAUAAUGUGAGUUGCGCGUGAGUUUCGAGCUGUGAAUUUGUGGUUGGCUGGUCUGGGGCACCAGGUCGAUGAUGAAAAGAAAUAGCUUUUGUUUGGAUCCCUCUCGGAACGCACGGUCUGCUCCUCCAGAUCGUUCAUGUUGCAAUCCAGUCUAUCUUCUCACCAACAGCUUAUACCAUAUUAUAACAAUGUAGACUGGCAAUAAUCUGCAUGGAUUCGAACAUGGCCUUACUUCACAUGUUUUUUCUUUGCGUCUUUUGCUGUAUGUUUUGCAGCCGAUCCUUAUCCAUGUUCGCCAAAUUUUGGUGAUGUAGGAUCCCUUUACCCAUUGUU